CUGACUGAAGAGAACAAGCCAUCGCAAGGAAAGCAAAGAAAAGCAAGCAACAACAGAAUCAACUUGUCUGCAGAAAGACUCUAACUACAAGGCAUCAUGAAGACUCUGGCUCUCCUUUCCAUCUGUGCUCUUCUGUCAGUGUGCUGGUCUAUGGGAGCUGUGGAACCUGAGGUUGUCGUGGACCCUGCUGCUGACACAGCUGCUGAAGCUGCACCUGCCGACCCUGCAGCUGCUGCCUCCGAUUCUUCAUCUGCUUCGGACUCUUCUUCGUCCUCCGAGUCUGACUCUUCCUCGGACUCUUCAGCAUCUGAUUCCAACUCAAGCUCAGACUCUUCAGCCUCCGAUUCAUCCUCCUCCUCCUCAUCAUCCUCCUCCUCUGAGUCCUCUGAGUCCUCUGAGUCUUCCGAGUCCUCUGAAUCUUCUGAAUCUUCUGAAUCUUCUUCCUCGUCUUCUGAGUCCGACUCUUCCGCCUCUGACUCUUCUGCCUCCGACUCUUCCUCUUCAUCAUCCUCAUCUUCAUCAGAGUCAGCCAGUGCUGAGGCUGCCCCAGUGGUUAUGAAGAGGGAUCUGGCUGCUGUUCUCCUGAGGAGAAGAAGAGCUGCCCCAGCAGGCGACCUCUCCCCUCUGCAGCUGGAAAGCCUGAGAGAGGUGUGUGAGCUGAAUGUUGCCUGCGAUGAGAUGGCUGAGACUGCAGGCAUCGUCGCUGCAUACACCGCCUACUACGGACCCGUCCCUUUCUAAGUUAAAGACUCCUCUUUAGUGCACAUGUGAACUGUUGUUUUUUUUUUUUUUUCAUUUUGGUAUAGAACAUUGCAACAACUCCCCUAAGUUCAGACAAGGAGCAGAAAAACAAAACAAAAAAAGAUGGGUUUGGCCCAUGACAUGAAAAUAGAUGGAUUUUUUUUUUUCUAUAGGCACAAAUCAUUGCACAAGUGACCAGCUUUAGUGGUCUUGUAUGAAAAGGCCUCUUCCGUGCCUUUAGAGAGAGGCACAUGGAAACACAAGCCUGUGAAGUAUGCAGUAGCCCACAUAACUUUAAAUUAUUCUUUGCGUCUACAGUAUAGUGCAAUGAAUGGUGCUACAAGUGCAGAUGUAUUGUAUGUUAAUGUAUUGAUGUUUUUAUAUCAUGCUUUAGUCUUACUUUAACUGGUAGUUCUAGUGAGUAGUGGAUGUAGUAAUGAGUUUUUAGAAGUACUGUAGUUUUAGUAGUAAUGUAGUGAUAGUGGCAGUGUACAGUAUGUGUAAAAUGCACAUCAGUUAUCUGUAAUGACUGUAACCACAAAUCGCCUCUGGGUUUGAGAAUAAUAAAUUAUUUUGUUUUGUGAAA